AUAUUGACUUCAUAAAAUCUCUCUUGUAUAAUUCACUUUUUAAAAUGAAAUCAUGGCUCUCCAAACGCAGGUGCAGACAUUGACUUCAAACAUGCGGAGAACGAUAUCGCAGGCACAGUAUUAUACCUGGCUUCCAUGGCUGGCAAUGUAGACAUAGUGAGUCUGCUGCUCCGCAAGGGGGCGUCUGUGGUGGAAAGAACCGCUUCAUUUGCCCCACUUCAUGCAGCAGCUUUGAAAGGGAGGGCAGAAGUGGUGGAAUUACUGGUGCAGCACGGAGCAACAUUAGACAUACAGGACGGCUACAAGAACACACCACUCAUGUAUGCUUGUGGCUACAACCAUGUCGACACAGUUCGGCGACUGAUUGAGCUCGGAGCAAGACCUGAUUGUCUCGACGGUUUUAUAGCCCGUAGGUUGGGAAAACCAGGCGGAAACCUUAACGAGGGUUUUAUGCUGGUACACGAGGCGAGGAAGACCAAGCUGUUGAGAUGCUGCAACCCUAGGUGUGGCAAACCAGGCAAAAGGAAAACCCUGAAGCUGUGUGCCGGGUGCAAGCUGACCCGCUACUGCAGCCGUGACUGUCAGAUACAACACUGGUCUGUCGGACACAAGAAGUGCUGUGGGCAUGAUGCGUAUUCUGACGAGCAAGCCAACUCCUUCCGGGAUUGGGCUUCCUCACUGGCAAAUCACAUUGAAGAACAUGGACAAGAAUCAAGUGUACAACUUUUACAACGUUCAGCGGCGACAUAUAUAAACUGAUAAUUCGAUAUGAAGCGGUGUUGAUUACACGAUACUAGUACAUCCAUUUUGAAUGUAGUGGACGAUCAGUGCCAUGUUAAUAUUACUUUUAAUACAAGUAUCAUUGUGAUGGCGUCUUAACUCUUAAUGUAGAAAAUAACAUGGCAUGUUUUCUUGUGAUUUUGAGUACACAUGUACUCAAAAUGUUCAUGCAGUUUGAUAUUUUUGAUUCCCCUAAUCUUGUUGAAGAAAGUUAAGUUAGAGCACAAUAUAGAAAGUAGGAUUUUUUUACAAAGCCACUUUUGUUGUAAACACUUUUCUAGCCUGGAUUCCAGACUGUUACAAAGGCAUUGAAAGGCCUCGGCUCUAGAGUCUUAAGCCGACUUGGGGACAUGUUGUCCCUAGAGCCAAUGAGUUGGCCUGUAUAGGCCCUUGAAACAGUCUGGCAUCCAGGCUACCAUAUUUUCGUUUUCUAUUUGUAGAUAGCCUGUGUUUACACAAGCUCUCGCCGGCUGGGCUUAAUGACCCCCUCCCCCCGAGGGAGGCGGCAAUCUUAGGGCCGGCCGCUAGGGGCGCGAUUUUAGUCAGGCUACUUUGUAGAGUGUUGCUAGAUCAAUGUCACUGUUGACUUGUGUACUCUGUUGUUACAUCAAUGUCACUGCAUAAUCACUGAAUCAUUUUCACAUAAUAAGAUUAACAGAACAGACUGAUGAGUUACGGUGUGGUUGUAACAACAUGUGGUAUUGUUUAGCCAUCUUUUAUAAUUACUACAUUUGUACGAGGCGGCAUGGCUUCUUUGAUAGGAAAACUAUCUGAGUGAUACUUUUUAGUGUGGCCAUAAGGUAUCCUGAAAAUACUACAUAGUGUUAUGCCAGGACCCCUAAAAUACCCCAUAACAGUUAUUAGAUGGAACAUAAAACAACGAUCUAUCCGUCGGACCUCUGUAACAAUGAUUAUGAUAUUUUUACCCGAAGGCUAAAUGCAAGUAGAGACUAGUAUAGAUCUAACAUCAACGAGGCAGACCAAAACGGAGAACGAUAUAGCAUGCAGUGAAUCCGACAAAUCGUAAUCUCCUAGCAGAUCUUGCGUGGCAUAAGACAGUAUCAUAGACUGGGGAAGGAGUUUAGCUGAUGUCGGCUAAAUUAACUCCUUCCCCGGCCUUUGAUACUGUCUUAUGCCACGCAAGAUCUGCUUGGAGAUAAACAAAUCGCACAACAUUCAAAACUUUUACCCCGCAAGUGCUCAAGACAAACGUGUCAGGCUCGCUAGGUAACUUAGUUUUUGAUUGAAAAUUGAGGCAUGUUGGAAAUGAAGCAGACCCAACGGCAGACAAUCACUUCAUUGUGUUCUGUGCAACCAGAUCUGAAAUUCAACAAUUUUGAAGUAAUGUAUGCCCGAAGUGAAAAUGAAGUGCUGUGCGCGAUUGAAGUGUGGGAGUAGGUACUAGGAUCAAACAGACUUGAAGUGUGAAUUAAACUUGAAGUAAAGAAGA